AUGGACUUGGAUCCUUUUGCAGUGUGGGACGAUCCCACGCCUGCUUCGACCUCUUCCACUUCCGAUUCAGCUGCGGCAGCCAAGCCAUCGACACACGUAUCGGAUGCCGAAGCGAUCUUAGGAGAAGUACGAACAUCUCUCGAAUACGAAGACGAGGAUCCAGGCUGGGGUUUCGCCUCUGCUUCCGCGUCUAGAGCAAAGAGUCCGGAAAAGUCGAGAAAACAGCCGCCGUCAUCUCAGAUAGCAGCUGCCGUCUCGCUGGUGUCUGAGGUCAAAGACAUCGGGAAGACACCGGAAUUGAUCUCUGCGUUAGUGCAAGAGGACUCGGAAUCGAAUGGGUCAGCGCUGGCCGCCGACGAGACAUCUGCCAUUGCAACAACAGAAGCGGAUCCGACCGCAACUGCAGCUCCUGCAGCCGAGAAGAAGAUCGAACCAACAGCAACCGCGGAAGAAGAAGAAUCUGACGAAGAUAUCGACACCUUCGAAGACUCACGGCAGGAGCAAGCUGAGCUCGUCCAAGAUGGCAUCUUGCCACAAGAGUUUGAGGAGAAGGCCACGAUUGCAGCUGACGCUGAUGACGACGACGGUUUCGACGAUUUUGGCGAACCAGCACCGGCAGCCGAGGGGGCAGCUGCGCAUGAUGAUUUUGGCGACUUUGACGACUUUGAAACGGGCGAUGCGCAGAAUGAUGCCGACUUUGGCGACAAUGACUUUGGCGACGAUGCCUUCGACCAACGGACAGACAACACGCAGCAGGCGGCAGCAUCCCCCGUCGCUGCUCAGCUUCCGGCUGUGGCAACAGCAACGCGCACUUGGGCGCCAUUGGACGUCACGACCAAGUCGAAUCGAGUCGAUCUUGCCGACGCUGUCAAUGCAUUACUCCCCCUAUCAACUGCAGCAGAGCAGAAUUUGUCGACCGCAGGACUUCGUCAGGUGGAAGGACCAUCACAGGUGUUGGUGAGCGCAGAGUCGCGUCAGCUGUACAGCGAUCUAUCGUCGUUCCCCUCUGUGCGUCCGAUCGAUUGGGUGCGAAGCAGAACUCGGCGUGAUUACCUCAUAUCGAUGGGCGUGCCCGUCAACCUGGAUGAGAUCCACUCGUCGUUUGCAUCCGGCUCGGGUGGUUCGCGACAAUUGCCACCGUUGCAGCUCAAGUAUGACUCGUCGGCAAAUCGCGCUUCUGGUGCGAACGGGAGCCUUCCGCAAAGAAGCUCGAGUCUCAAGGUGUCUGGCACUGCAUUGUCUACACCGACUUCGUCAUCCUCGGCGGCAGGGACAGCGGCACAACGAUCAGCAUCAGCAUCUAACACUCCGCGUAACGGCAAUUCGAGUCCAGCGCUGGGCUCGAGUACAAAUCGCGAACGCAUCGCCGAGCGACGCAUGCAAGAGCUCGGAUUGGGACCUGCCCCGCAGGUUGAUCUGCGCCGAGCUCAGGAGCUGGUGAGCAAGACCGAGGACCAGUUGACGCUGCUCUCGCUGCCUGCGCUCAAAUCGAUGCUUCGAGAGCUCAACACCAUGACGACAUCGACGUCGAACCUGUUGACACAUCAUCUGACGCUGAGGGAGAGCUACCAGGCCGACUCGGAGAUGUACAAUUCCAUGAUCAAGGAGUUGGUCACGGGCGCCGCGAGUAGGUUCAGUGGCGGUGGCGGCAGCGGAUCGGCAGGAGGAAGCAACUCGGUGGCGGGGGGCAGAGGAGACAGUCGCAGGUCGACCACGAUGGGAAUCAACGCGUCGAAUUCGGGCAAGGCCAGAGUGAGUAGCUUGCCAGCAGCAUCAGCGGCCAUGACGGGGACAAGGUCGAUGAGUCCAUCACUAAGAGGUGGUGCUGGAUCGAGUCCAAGACGUUGA